AUGCUACACUUCGUCACCCGCGCCAUAUCAAGAGCCAUGGCUUCAUCUACGGUUGCGCGUGUUCCCAUUCCCAAGAAUGGCGUCGACUAUCGUGGAAAAGUUGUCCUUGCGCCAAUGGUGCGGUCAGGCGAGUUGCCAUCAAGGUUGCUGGCGCUGAAAUAUGGAGCUGAUCUGGUGUGGGGGACCACCCGCCGUAUCAACCCCCGUACAUCUACGAUUGAAUACACUCGCAUGCCGACCUCCAAGAUAAACAACCCUACGCUCGACCCGCAAAACCGUGAAAGUAUUCUCUUUCGCAUACAUCCCGAAUUGGAAAAGGGAAAGCUUAUCUACCAAGUUGGUAGCGCAGACCCUGAGUUAGCUGUCCAAGCUGCCAAAGUUGUCGCGUCGGACGUAGCUGGGAUAGACUUGAAUUCCGGCUGCCCCAAACCCUUCUCUACAGCCGGCGGUAUGGGCGCAGCGCUACUGAAGACACCCGACCUUCUUUGCGAUAUCCUGACGAGUCUCGUAAACGAGGUGGGCAAAGUGUAUGAGAUUGGCAUCAGUGUGAAAAUACGCAUUCUUGAUAAUGCAGCAGAUACGGAAACCCUGGUCCGCAGAUUGGUGAAGACGGGUAUCACUGGCCUUACAGUACAUUGUCGGACAACCCCCAUGCGACCUAGAGAGAGGGCGAUAAGAGACCAGUUGAAAAUGAUCGGAGAGGUAUGCCGCGAAGCCGGCGUCGCAUGCGUGGUCAACGGCGAUGUCACUUCGCGAACCGAAGCACUGAAGCUUAUGGAACAAUUUGGGGUCGAUGGCGCCAUGAUAGCCACCGAGGCCGAGAAGAACCCAACCUGUUUUCGAGCUGACGCCGAAGGUGGGCCGCACGAGUGGAAGUCUCAAUGGAAGUCCGCCGUUACGGAAUACAUGCGAUUUGCGAUGCAAGUGGAAAACCGGUGGGGCAAUACAAAAUACCUACUUGGCCAAAUGAUCCCAGGAAGGGCGAAGUGCUACCAAGCGAUGAAUAAGGCCAAAGGCUAUGCAGAUGCCAUAAAGGCUUUAGAGCUAGAUGAGGUUGACGAUCUUUUAGAAAUGGCAAAGAUCGUAGAUGAGCGCCUCGGGCUAGGAAUAGUUCCAGAGUCACGAGCUUCGAAAAGAGCACGAGCGAGGGAGGCCAUUGCUGAGACACAGGGGUCAUCGAAAGCCGAAGUUGCGAAGGAGAAACGAAAAGCUCAGCCCGAGACAGAGGACGCCGCCAAACGAGUUAAACUUCCAGCAAGUAGUACUGCAAUGGAGGCGCCGAUCACCCCACAAGACAUUGCACCUCCUACUGCUGCCAUGAGUGUUUAA